AUGUCACUCUGGAACUAUCCCAAGCAAAAUUUUAAUGAACCUAUGGAUGCAAAGAGCCCAGAAGAAAUAACAAAAAAUGAUUUUGAAUAUUUCAAGGAAAACAAACCUGAAGUUUUUGUCUUGCUCUCAGGAUUUACCGAAAAAACCAACGUAAUUCAGAUAAUUAACUUCCUUAAGGGCGACUUAACUUGUUCUCCUGUCGAGGAUGGUGUUUACGGAAUUUUAUUUUUAACAACUGCUGAUGGAUGCUCCACAGGAAAAGCUGUAGUAAGGUUGAAAAGUGUUAAUUUAAUAGAAGAUAUUUUAAAGAAACAGGGAAAACGAUUAAACAAAAAACCUAUCGCUAUUAAACCAAUUUCCAAAAAUGAAGGUUUAGCAAUCCUUUACAGCACUAAAAAUAAGAUUGAUAAAUACGAUAAUUACAACUUGCCACUUUAAAACCUUUUCCAACAAAAUAAAGAUACCUACCUAAUUACUU